AUGAAGAGAUUUUUGAUACUGGAUUUAAAGUCUUUUCUUUAUGAAAAUUUGGGCUAUGAAACGCUCUUAACGCGUUACUUGGCUUAUUGCCGCUGCCCUUCAGUUGAAGAAGCUGAUAGGAAGUUCUACGAAGGCAUAGUGAUCUUUAAAGGUUAUCAUCCUUGCAAGAAAGUUCAUCAGCUUUAUGAGAGACUUGCUCGUCUUAAUGCUGAAAGUGAAAAAAGCGACAAAAUUGCUUUGCAUAUGCUUUUUGAAUAUAUUACGGAUUACAAUCAUGCAGAUUUUCCAAAACUCCAUUCUCGAUUUCUGGGUGAGAGAAGUGGAUAA